AUGCAUAUGGGCUCAAAGCAAUGCAGUCUAGCCCGGGUUAGAGGAGUUGUCCUCUUCGUUCGUCAACGGCGGCGCGAUACCCCUAUCAACGGCGAUCUCCGUUGUCUUCUUCGCAAUGACCUCCGCUGUGAUUGUUAUCAUUUCUUCAUCUUCAACCUUCUUCAACCUCCUUCAACAACUUCAACUCCCUCUAAAUUAUUCUGCAACAUCCCGUCAAUAGAAGGAGCUGCACCGUCGAAGUUGGAUCGGAAAUGUAGUCGAGGUGAAGAUUGUAACGUCGAGCUGAAACAAGGGCGAAGGGAGAUGAUGAGCCGCCGCUUGCAUGAAAGAGAACAUGUUGAAGAAGAUCGAAGCAACGAAGGUAAUGAUUUUCAUUGGAGUUUGAAGCGGAGAUCGAAGGAGAUAGAGGUGGCUUUGUUCGUUUCACGUAUGGGGGCACAAGUUUACACCGAUCAGAAGAGUAUUGCACGCCUCUCAGCUUUGGUUUCAAUACAUCUUAACUUUUGGAUUUCGAAGCCGCAAUUUGACCAUGUCUACACCUCAAUUUCGUCUUUGGAAUUCAAAGGUAUCUUUCAGCAUUCGUCUUUUCCGUUUCUGAAAACCACUUCUUCUUCUUCGAUUUCUUAG